AUACACAACACACACUCACACACACAGAUUCAUCCAUCCAUCCAUCUACACGCUGCCACGACGUCAUUAAGGGCACCUGCGUCUGUGUUUGUGUGUGCGUGUGGGUCCGCCGUGGAGCCGACGCUACGCACAGCACAGCACAGAUUCAACAACAAUCGAUCAGCCGAAUGGAAGGACGGUGUGUGUCUGUGAGUGUAAAGGCAUGAAAGACGCAGCCAGACACUCACUGUAUAUAAACGCACACCACAUUCAGCUGUAUGUGUAUCGGUCUGUGCGGUGUGUGCCCGCCGCCAUAGCACCCGCCCGCCACUCAGCCACCCGGCCAACCAAUAAUUGUGUCCUGCAUGGCUGUCUAUUGGGCAUGACACUACUGCCCAGCCUGACACACACGUGGAAAGACAGACACCAUUGUGUAUGUCGUGAGCGCAUUUGCUGCCCGUGUCAGUCGUGUUUGAUGCAGACAUACCUCAGCUGUCUAUUGGUCGAAGAUCCUGGCUGAGAUGACGGCCCCAGCACCGCACGCGCCAGCCGAGUGGUCUGAGGGAAGCGGUCCUUGAAGGCACCGCCCACAUCAGACACAGCCGACUCGGUCGUGGUGACGUUAGCACACACUGCAGCCAAAUGACAGGAGAGGACAGAGAUGAGAGUGGCACCGCAUUUCCUCCCCCUCGCCGUGCCGGCCUGGGCUGGGCUGACCAAUGUUGAGAUGUUCGACAACCUCGAUGAGAAUCCGUGCGACGAAGGGGUGGCCGGCGUCGGUGAGCACGAGAUGACGGUAAGGCCAGCCGUCAGGGGAGCGGUAUGAUGCAGUUGUGGUACAUCCCUCCACUGAUAUGUGGGGUGACUGUGUCACAAUGGUGUGGAGCCGGUUGUUGUCGAUAUACCUGACACAUACAUACAUACACAUAAGACAGACUCGUAUGUCGUAGCAGUGCCAACACAGUGUGAUGCCCCGCUUGACCUGUCCAUGAGACUGCUAGUGCUUUUGUGCUGCUGAGUCCGCAAUAUGUGGUUGAUGACAAGGCUCUUGACCAUCGAUGACACAUACGCGUAGUCACGAGCCGCCAGUCGCACCCGGCCCGUGUGCGGCCGAUAUCCAAUCCUGCUGCGGACGGGUGGAUCGUGCUCUUGUCGGUGCUGCCGGUAGAGGUGGUUGGGAGGGAGGGGUGGGUUGGUGUCCAUCUCGAAGCCGUCUUCGUCCUUGAUGGCCCGCAGUGUGUUGCCGUGCUGAAACAGCUGAAAGGUCACACCGUUGCCGAAGUCGAUAUGGGGGCCGACCAUCUUGAGCUGAGCCAAUCCAUGGGGAGCGGCCAAAUACGCCUACAUGACCACACACACAGAGAGAGAAGAAUGAACAAAACCCCUUCCUCUGCCCUCCCACCCCUUUGUGUGCGCCUUACCGUCUUGUUUGCGUGUUUGUUGAUGUCGUCAGCAGUCAGCCGCACCGGCAGAAUGCAGCGGCCGCAGUGCGCCGCCAGCCGCAGUAUGUCGGCGACCUCGUCCCACGUCUGCUCCUCCACCAGCCACAUGGCCGCCAGCAGCACACGUGGCUCAGACACCGUCUGGGCGUCGAAGGCCAGCACUGUGUCGAGCCAUGUGCCGUCGGCGAGCCGAAUUCGGUGCAGGGAGUGGGUGAG